GCUCUGGCAAUAGCUACAUUCACCCCCAAUUUCCCAUAAAACCCUAAAACCACACUACUUCUAUACCUUUCUCAUUCCCGCUUUUUUCUGUCAGGAGAUUCUCAAUCCUACUACUCUUAGGGUUUUCUCUCUCCUCUCUGUAACGAUGAUGUACGGUGAUCAACAUCAUCACCAUCUUCAGCAGCAGCAACCACACCCGCAACAUCCACCGCCACCGCCACCGCCGCCGCCGCAGCAGCAGCGUCAGCCAAUGAUGGGCGAGUAUCUGAGGGGGCCACAACUGCCACCGCCACCGCCACCGCCACCGCCACCGCCGAUGAUGCGACAGCCCUCUGCUUCUUCUACCACUCUCAACGCACCAGAGUAUCACCACCAGCCGCCUGCUCAACACUCUUACGAUGAGGUGGUUGUUAGAUUCGGUAGAUUCUUCCUACUGGGACAUUGCCUCAUCCGCCAUUUUGCAGACAAAAAUAGAAAAUUUGAGAUUCGGUGCAAGGAGCACAAAGCUGAAUUGAAGAUCCUCUCGACCCCAGAAGGAGUUCGCACUGACAAGUUUAGAGGUUCUGAAACAACUGUAUUUGAGUGCCCAUAUUGCCCGAGGAAGGGCGUAGAGGAAUUGGAGUCGAGACCUGUCUUGGAUAGUGAUUGUAAGAUGAUUGCUCUAGAUGUUGAUCUAGAAUAUCUUUUAAUGGAGAAGGACGCUGUUGGGAAACGAGACCAUACAUUACAUGAUUUUGAUCCGAACGAAUAUUUUGCUAAUUGUGCUCGGACAAAUUUCACGACAUGAGUUAAUUGGUGGGUGAUUCAGAGCAACUGGAUGAAGACUAUUUUCAAAUGGUUGAACACCCUAAGAAGACACGACCGAGUUUCCAUAAAUAGACUGAGUUUCCAUAAAUAGGCCAACUGAUGAUGAGUCUGAUUAUGUGAUUGUUUUUAGUCUUGAGUCAUUUAUGAGUCUUUAAUCUGUUUUAUUUCAUGCUUAGGAUAUUAUAGUCAUUUGAUUUUAUUUUAUAAGUCAUGUGCCUUUUAAGUGAGUCAUGUGACUGUUUAACGUCUGUUUUGUAAUUUUUAUCUCUUUCUUCUGCUGGAGAGAAUACUAGCCUUUAGAUUACAUUUAUUUGAAGGGCUAGGAUUAUAUCUUUGCUAGGGCAUCCCUUGUGGCUUAUAAAAGGGUUGUUCCAAGUUGUAAUGAGCAGUUUUUUUCACGUGUUAUCAAUAAUGCUUCUUUACUUAUCAAAAAAAUAUCAGAUUGCUACAGAAGCUUUUUAUCUCUCCCUUUCUUUGGGAUUGAGUUGUGGGUGUUUAAGCUACUUGUUAGCUUA